AUGACUCUUUUGUCAAGCACGAUCUUUUGUCUGGUUUUCCUUCCUUUAUUUCUCAACAGCAUCCCUGCAAACUUCAGCCAUGAAGCUGUGGAUGAAAAUCAAAACAGCACAGAUGACACUUGGUGCCACUACAAUCCAAAUGAUUGGAUCUUCACAGUGAUUCCAGUGUACAUCUUGAUCAUCAGUGUGCUGGGAAUCUUCUUGAAUGUCUUUGUGUUGAUGGUUUUCUGGCUCCACAAAAAGGCCUGUACUGUGGCUGAGAUCUACCUGAGCAACCUGGCUGCUGCCGACCUCUUUCUGAUGUCUCCUUUUCCCGUCCUUGCUGUGAUUGCAGGAACAAAAUAUGACUUGCACCUUAGUGAAACUGUUUGUAAACUGCUUCCCUUCGCCAUCAGCAUGAAUGUCUACUGCAGCAUCAUCAUCCUUGCUCUGGUGAGCAUUGACCGAUAUUUGGCACUAGUUCACCCACUGACCAGUGGAAGAAUGCGGAGGCCAUUUUACGCCAAAGUGGCAUGUGUGCUGGUGUGGGGUGUAUGCUUUCUCUUGAAUGUUCCCUCACUCAUUUACAGGGAAGUUGUACAUGACUCUGAGAGAAAUUUUACCACAUGUGAUUUAAAUUUUCCAAGUCCUUCCACGUUUCUGGUGUUUGAAGGGAUCAGUUUGUUCAUCUUCAUCAUCCCCACUUUCCUUAUUUCCUUCUGCACCCUCAAAAUCACUAACACUCUGAGUGGGACUUUGAAGAAGGAGUUAAAUGCUCAGAAAAAAGAGCAGAAGGCCACCACUCUGGUCCUGGUGGUCCUCUUGGCGUUCCUCAUCUGCUGGGUACCAAUGCAUGUGGUUAGCAUACUAUACCUGCUCAGUAGAGUUAAUAUUCUGAAUGGGUGCCGCUUUUUCAACAAUUUGUACAUCUGCCAACACAUUUUCACCAGUUUAGCCUUAUCCAACAGUGUUCUCAACCCCAUUCUCUAUGUCAUUGUAGGGAAAACCUUCCAGACAAAAGUUAAGGAAUUAUUCAUGCAGAUAAGCACAAACGUGUCAAGACGUCUUUAAGCUGAAGAUACUUUAAUAAUGGUGAUCUUUUGACUCAGUGUGCAUGUUUUCAAGAUCUUGUACAAUAAAACAACAUAGCCCUAACAACAGCAACCUUCGUGACAACACAAAAGUCCGAGGUCAGGAUGAUUGAGACAUACACAUUAUUUAAAUAAAGCCACAUUUUAUUGGUGUUUUGUGUCAAACUUUAACAGAUGUGUUGAAAUGAAGGUGUGGUCAUUCUGAAAGGAAGUGACUUAAUGUGACUCUGUUUCAUUAGCUAUCAGACAUACAUCAAAUACCAUUACCACACGUUUUACAGCAGCAAUAAUGGACACAAUGUAAGAAAAUGGAAGUAAUGUGCCAAAGAAAUGGAGGCAGACUUCGUGUCUCUAUGUAACAUCAUUGAAACUUUAGAUAUAACAAGUCAGUGUUGGGAUGUUUCAUGCCUGAAUGCAUGUGUAUGUCUGUGGAUAUGUAUUUUAAACUCUUUUUCUGUCUUGUGUAUUUGUACAUUGUGACAUAACUGUAUUGUUGCGUGAUUGUGAUAUUCAAAAACAAACAUCAUCCUAUUUUAAAAUCCUGUAAUAUUUCUUAGUUUUGUGUGUGACAUUGCAACUCAAGUCAACACUGGAGACUGGCAACCGGCACACUGUGCAGAUAUUUGAAUGCUUGUAUAGUUUGUUGCUUUGUGCAUAGUAUUUACUAUUCAAAGUCAGAGGAUCAGGAUAAAUAGUCAUACCGCUGUAUCUGUAUUUUUUUAACACAUUUCAGUGUUGCUGAAACAACUUCGGUGUGUAAACUGUGAAGUGUUUGCAUAUUUAAAAUACUAAAAAGGAAACUCAGAACAAUGAACUUUCCAUACCUUUUUAGUCACGUGUAGUGUAAUUCUGCUACAUUCAUUUUG